AGCGGCUUGUGCGCCUGCGCGAGGGAGCCGAGCUGCUCCUUCGCUCGCUCUGAGGCGAAGGAGAAAAAGAGCGGGUCUCGAAGGGGGAGGGGAGGGGGCGCGCGCUCUGCGCCGCUUUCUCCGCGGCUUUCUCCGUGCUGCGGCCAUGAGCGUCGCGGCCUUGGUUUCCCCCGCCCUGCCCUCGCCGGGGCCGCCCCCUCCUCCCACCGCAGCCGUUUCUACGACCACGGCGCUUCCCCCCGGGACAGGCCCCGCCCCCGCCGCCGAGAGCUAUGAGGAGGAGGACCUAGACAGCCCGCUCGACGAAGAGGAUGGCGAGCGGAGCGGACGCGCACGGGACUCCGACGAGGAUACAGAAGAUGCGAGUGAAACGGAUCUGGCAAAGCAUGAUGAGGAGGAUUAUGUCGAAAUGAAGGAACAGAUGUAUCAGGAUAAAUUGGCAUCUCUCAAGAGGCAGCUACAGCAACUACAAGAAGGUACUUUGCAGGAAUAUCAGAAAAGAUUGAAGAAGCUGGAUCAGCAGUACAAAGAGAGGAUACGCAAUGCAGAGCUUUUUCUCCAGUUGGAAACAGAGCAGGUGGAACGGAACUACAUCAAGGAAAAGAAGGCAGCCGUGAAAGAGUUUGAAGAUAAAAAAAUUGAGUUGAAGGAAAACCUAAUUGCUGAAUUGGAAGAGAAGAAAAAAAUGAUUGAAAGUGAGAAGUUAACCAUGGAGCUCACAGGAGAUUCCAUGGAAGUGAAGCCUAUUAUGACAAGAAAACUGCGACGGCGGCCCAACGAUCCUGUUCCCAUCCCCGACAAAAGGAGAAAGCCUGCCCCUGCUCAGCUGAAUUAUUUAUUAACGGAUGAGCAGAUAAUGGAGGAUUUGAGAACCCUUAAUAAGCUCAAAUCACCUAAAAGGCCAGCAUCUCCUUCGUCACCAGAACACCUGCCAGCAACCCCUGCGGAGUCUCCGGCCCAGCGGUUUGAGGCAAGGAUAGAAGAGGGCAAACUGUACUACGACAAAAGAUGGUAUCACAAGAGCCAGGCGAUUUAUCUGGAGUCCAAGGAGAACACCAAAAUCAGCUGUGUCAUCAGCUCUGUGGGAGCCAAUGAGAUCUGGGUGCGGAAGACCAGCGACAGCACCAAGAUGAGAAUCUACCUUGGCCAGCUCCAGCGGGGCGCCUUUGUGAUCCGCAGGCGAUCAGCCGCAUGACUUUUUGCCCGAGCCUCCUUCUUUUGUCAAAAGCAAUCAGCUCUCCUGAGGACUCCCCCGGCCCCCUUGGAGGCAGCCGUUCUGCUGCCAGCAUUGUUCCAACCUGCCAGGAAGCCCAAGCAAUGUCCUGGGACUUGGCCUGAGGCUUCUUUAGCUGAGCCUUUCUUGCUUCCAAAGACUAUUUAAAGAGAGUGUAUGCCUGAGUUCUCCUUCUCCUACACAGUGAAAAAGGUACCCUUUUGUAUCCUCAAGCCCAGUUGCCUUGAGGAGAUAAGACCCAGUAGGCUGUUGAAUGAGUGGUGAAUGAUUGAAUGCAAUCACCUGUUGAAUUGCCAGUGUUUUGCCUUUGGGGACAUUGUUGGGAGUGUUUUUAAGCUCCUGCCGCAUCCUGGACUCCCUCUUGAUUCUGUACAUGAUGAACUCAAAGAAUGCCAUUUGAUCGCUCUGUAGCUGGGAGAACGCUUGAGUUUUCUCGGUAGCCCUUUAUCUAUCUCAGUAAUGAGCAUGGCAGGAGUGUUUUUCCCCCCUUUGGCUGAUGCUUUCUGCGAAGGGCAAAUCAAAAGCAUAUCUCGAUUCUGGGGAAAGGGUUCCAUUGGUGGCAUUGCACAAAUUGUGAGUGUCUGUCAUUUACCCUGGGUGACUACAGACCUCCUUGGAAAGGGCUUUUCUUUUGCCAAACAACACAUGCUUCCUGCGAAGGGCAAAUCAAAAGUAUAUCCCGAUUCUGGGCAAAGGAUUCCAUUGGUGGCAUUGCACAAAUUGUGAGUGUCUGUCAUUUACCCUGGGUGACUGCAGACCUCCUUGGAAAGGGCUUUUCUUUUGCCAAACAACACAUGCUUCCUGCGAAGGGCAAAUCAAAAGCCUAUCCCGAUUCUGGGCAAAGGGUUCCAUUGGUGGCAUUGCACAAAUUGUGAGUGUCUGUCUUUUAUCCUGGGUGACUGCAGACCUCCUUGGAAAGGGCUUUUCUUUUGCCAAACAAUACAUGUCAUGGGAGGCCUCCUUUUUGUGUGUAGGCCCCCAAACCGUCACCCAGUGCGAGCGAGACUUGUUCUUGAUCCCAGGAUUGUGCAGUUCCCAACUUUGAGGUCUUGUACUGUUCCUGUAACAGGAUGGCAGCAGUGAAGUUGCUUCCAAAAUAUUUUGUAUUUUCCAAACUUAGCUUGUGGUGUUUCUUUGAUCCCCAGCUUCAGAAUCAGCCAUUUUCCUGGUGGCUUACAUUCCUCUCGCAGCUUAGUUUUCACACCAACUCUCCUAGAACCAGGUUGCUGAAUGGCUUCUGUCUGCUUAUAGCAGUGGUUCUCAACCUGUGGGUCCCCAGAUGUUUUUGCCUUCAACUCCCAGAAAUCCUAACUGCUGGUAAACUGGCCUGGAUUUCUGGGAGUUGUAGACCAAAACACCUGGGACCCACAGGUUAAGAACCACUGGCUUGUAGGAAUUAUGUGGAGCCUGCCUUGCUGCUCCUCAUUCAGCCUCAGUCGGAUGUUUCCGCCAUCCUUCCAUUUCCUAUUAUUUGCAGCCAGGUGGCAGCCAAGUCUCAGCAUUUUGGGGUCCAGCUUCAAAUCACCCAGCCAGGCUUUGGGUCUAGAUGUGGCCAUUCGAACAGCAUACCUGUUUGAUCCCUUCGCUUCUUCUCCACCUGUCUCAGUCAUUCCCAACAUGUAGUUGGAUGUUCAAGAUUCAGAAGCCAGUGACAGCCAUCCAGAAAAGCCCAUUUUCGGUCCCUCCCCAUCAAAGUUUUGCUUGCAGGAUGGAGAACCUUUGGUCUUCCAAACUGUUUGGCCUACUAUCAUACUACUACCUGUGAUAAUCGUAAUAUAAUAUACUAUAUCCAUGAUUCCUUGAUGUUGGCCAUGCUUGCUGAGACUUUUGGGAACUGAGGUUCAACGUUAUCUCACUGCACCAUUUCCAAGAGUUGUCUGUAUGCACUUGAUGUGAAGCAAAGUUAUGAAGGUAAUGUGAAGGAAACUGAAACAUGGAAUGGGGAACAUUGAUCUGUGUAGCUCAGUGAAGUCUACGCUCACUGACAACACUUCUCUGGGGUUUUGAAGGGGACUCCUUUCCAAUUGAACCUGGAGGUGCUAGAGACUUGGGACCUUUUAUGUGUAGCACUGUGUUGUGGCAGUAACCUGGUGGCACAAAUGGAGACCAACCAGGAGUGCUCAGAAGUAGAACCUUUUCCUUCCACUGCCAUUUAAAAUAAGUAGCUCUGGCUCUUCCGUUAGGUGCCUGUGUCAGAGGGUGAUUUGUAAGGGAUGUUGGCUGGCAUCCACAUACUGUCUACUCAUCAACCUCUUGGCUUGUUCUUGGGGUUCCUCAGAUAACAGGUAUUGUGAGUUGGGUGACCUGUGAGUUCUUCUGUAUUGUAACUGGCACAGGUGGUACUGUGGGGCAUUUGGCUGUGAAGAGACCUCUCCUCCCUUGGAGCUAUACAUUUGGAUCUGUAUGUAGAGAACAGCUUGGGUUGCUUUAUGCAACUAGUGUUGCUCUCCAUCAAGUGAGCUUGCCAUCUGAGACCAACCAUCAGCAGUAGUGAUGGAACCCUCAAGUAGAUCAUUGGAUAGGAUGCUUUGAUAAAUCUCUUCUAUCACCUUUUGACUUCAUACAAGUAGGAUCUGUUGGGCUUAAGAAGGAUGAUCUGACCUCUGGUGAGGGGUGAGUAAAUGAGUAGUGGCAAUGAUGGCUGAAAGGUAGCUCUCACUUGUGGCUUCUGACUGGUGCAUCUGUCAACAAGAGGUGGGUGCUUCUAUGUUUCUUUGUUCACAGAAUGAUGUGGGGUUUUGGGGCUCAUAAGCAUUCAGGAGCAACCUGCAGUAACUAAAUGAAGGGGUUGAUCUACUGUAAUACUGAUCCUUCCAUAACCACCUCUAGGAUGAGACAACAGGUUUGGGAUACACUUUUCUGUCUCUUCAAAGCCAGGUACUUGACCUUUUUUAGGCCUUCAGAGGUGAACAUCCUUCCAGGAAAUGUUUCUAGAGUAAACCGCUACAGAUUCUAUUUGGACAGAAAGGGGAACCACUUUUUCAGUACCCAUUGGAAAGUCGAGAUAGCAUCUUGUCGGGAGGGGAAUUGAAAGAAAGAUGUGGCUCCUCCAGAACAGAACUAGUCUUCAUUUUCUGUGGUUUUGCUGGCACUAGAAGCAGGUGCAGAGAAAAUGACAAGCUUUUGUACCGUCAAAUUCCAAUAUGCCAGGAGAACGCAAAACGAUCAAGGGUUAGGAGAUGUGCAGCACAAACACCUUUCCGACCAUUUGCUUUGUUCCUAUUGGGAUUGUGGAAAGAGUUGCAGAGUUGGCAGGGUUUUGUGCAGUGCGGAGUAGUGGGGUUGUGUGUGCAGCAUAUCGAAGAUAGCAGCAUGCGAAGCUCUCAUUUAGCAGUGAGGGCCCAAACCCAACAACCUGAAAAUCUGCUUUUGUUUCAAUUUUUAGCGUGCCUAGUUUCUCUUGUUCUCCCCUCCUUUUCAGGAAGCCUGAAAUUGCAUAUGCUAUUAUUUUCUUGGUUUUCCUAGCAACCUUAUGAGGUAAGUCAGGUUAAGAGAGGGCAGGCAGCUCAAAGUUACUUGUGGACCCUCAUGGUUGAGGGAAGAUAUGUAAUUAUUACACUGUUCUCCCCCCCCCCUUUUUUUUUGUUUUUGUUUACAUCAAGGCUCUGUUUUACAGUUGGAGAUGGACACUGAAUGUGCUAUUGCCUUGUAAAAUCCAGCUUCUGACAACACUUUGGUCUUCAUUUAUAAAUAAAACUCAGAUUUCUAGUA